AUGUCGUUGGCUUCGAAGAAUCUCCUGGCCUGCGGGCUUUUCUUAGCAGUCGCCCAGCUUGCACAGCCAGUGACUGGUUUAGAACUUACGGUGUCGACGUCUGGCGGCAAUAAAUCCAGCCCUAUCUUGUAUGGGUUCAUGUUCGAGGAUAUCAACCACUCUGGUGAUGGAGGGAUCCACAGUCAGCUUCUGCAGAACAACGGCUUCCAGGGUGCAAACCCCGGCUUGACUGCAUACGCUCCAAUCGGGAAUGUGUCGUUGGCCGUGGAUACGGAAAACCCUCUCUCGAGCGCGAUAACGCGGUCUCUGAAGGUCACUGUCCCGCCCAACGCCUCCGGAAAGGUUGGCUUCUCGAAUUCGGGUUACUGGGGUAUUCCCGUGAACGAGGCCAACUACACCAACAGCUUCUACAUCAAGGGAGACUAUAAUGGCGACGUCACGCUUCGCCUUGCGGGGGCCAGCAGCGGCAGUCUGUAUGCAUCGCAAACGAUCAGCGUCAAGAGCAACUCGUCCAGCUACACCUAUGUCGAGACGCAAUAUCCAGUGAAGCAGGCUCCUGACGGCAACAACAUCUGGGAACUGACCUUUGACGCGUCCAAGGUGGCGGGAAAGUCAUUGAAUUUUGACCUGAUCCAGCUCUACCCACCAACAUUCCACGACAGACCUAAUGGCCUCAAACCGGAAAUUGCAAAUGUUUUGGUUGACAUGAAGGGUUCUUUCCUGCGCUUUCCCGGAGGAAACAAUCUCGAAGGAUUAACUCCGGCAACGCGCUGGAAGUGGAAUGAGACCAUUGGGCCUCUGACGAGCCGUCCUGGGCGGCAAGGUAACUGGGGGUAUCCCAACACAGAUGCACUUGGUCUGAAUGAAUAUUUCUUGUGGAUCCAGGACAUGGGUUUGACGGCAGUUCUCGGUGUCUGGGAUGGACUGACUAUCGGAGGGCCGAGCCCUCAAGUUAUCACUGGGGACGCUUUGAAGCCCUACAUCGACGACGUUUUGAACGAGCUUGAGUAUAUCCUUGGAGACAAGGAUACCACGUACGGCAAGCUUCGUGCUUCUCAUGGCUUCCCUGACCCCUGGCCACUCCAAUACGUGGAAAUCGGCAACGAGGACAACCUCAAUGGAGGCGGGCCCUCAUAUGCAGAGCGCUUCACGGCCUUCCACGACGCAAUCAAGGCCAAGUACCCGCAUCUGACCAUCAUUAGCAGCACGGACCAGUACCUCCCAAAUCCCAAGCCAAAAGGAAUCUGGAUGGACUGGCACACGUACUCGCCGGCGGGGGAGCUUGUGAGCAUGUUCAACAAGUUCGACAACGUGGACCGGGCUUUCCCGUACUUUGUCGGCGAAUAUGCCUGCAUCUCCCUCGAUAACGGGACCGAGCUCGCGCAGCCGAUCAUGCAGGGGUCUGUGGCGGAAGCUGUCUUUAUGAUUGGCAUGGAAAGGAACAGCGAUGUUGUCAAGAUGGCUGCCUAUGCACCGCUGCUGCAGCAAUACGGCGGGUACACAUGGAAUGACCACGUGCCAAACCUGAUUAUGUUCAACAACAACCCAAACGGCAUUGUCCGGAGCACCAGCUACUACGUACAGCAGAUGUUCUCAGUGAACCGGGGCAGCACCAUUCUGCCAGUGGAAUCAGACGGGUCAUUUGGACCAGUCUACUACGUCGCCUCCAAAACCUCAGACAACAAGACAUACUACGUCAAGUUCGCCAACUACGGCCCUACCCCGCAGCCCGUCACCGUCAACAUCCCCAAGACAGAAACCGGGCGACUGACGACGCUGUCCGGCGCCGCUACUGCAGCCAACACCUGGAGCAGCCCUAAUGCUGUCACACCCAAGACCAGCAAUGUCAGCUCUGCUGAUGGUGCGCCAGGAAAGUUUACUAUUACUCUGCCUGCGUGGAGUGUUGCUGUGUUGGCUGUGGAGUGA